GACCAUUUCUCUGGGGAGGAUAUGAAGCAUGGCCUUUCGAUAUCUGGCCACAGCAGCGGAGAAGAUCAGACCCAGCGUCAAGCGUCAGGUACUAAGCUUAACCGACGCCGCCGCUGAUAGAAUACGCAACCUGUUACAGCAACGUCAACGGCCCUAUCUCAAGCUCGGCGUCAAGGCUCGUGGCUGCAACGGCUUAUCUUAUACCCUCAAUUAUGCGGAUGAGAAAGGGAAGUUUGACGAAUUGAUUGAGGAUAAGGGUGUGAAAAUACUAAUUGAUCCAAAGGCACUAUUGCACAUUAUUGGAACCAAGAUGGAUUUUAUAGAUGAUAAACUCAGUAGCUGGAGGCCACCAUAAUAACGUCCAAUAAUUUCCACAGUAUGAGCACUGUCUAUGCCUCAUCGCUUCCCACAUGCUAUAGUCAUAUACCCAUAUCAUGCUCCUGCCAUGGUUUCCUUCUCCCAUGGAACUUAUCAAUCUGUUUGCACGGUCUUGUAUGUGUGCUUCUACUGUUACUCUCUGGUUUGGGAUUGUAGGAGCUCCCAUUUGAUGGGUGAUGAGAAAUAUGAGUUGCUGAGAAUUCUCUCUCGGACUACUUCCUUUUACAAUAGUUCACAACAAGGCUGAGAGCUUGAAACCUCACUCUAUUAUGACUUGACUAAAUUUCCUUCGUGUACGUAGUCCUUAUGAGUAUUUGUGCCUCGAGCACUUCAUUAUUUCUUCACUAUUUUAUGUCCUUUUGCCAUUAUGUUGAGUAUUUCAAUUGAAAAUCUGCUGCAUUGCUUUUAUCUUCUCUCUUUUAUGUUCUUUUGCCAUUAUGUUGAGUAUAUUCCAAUUGAAAAUCUA